GCGAGUAGGUGCCCUUGGUGUAGCUCACAGUGAUGUGAAAAGGAUUUCCAUUUGUCUAGUCUGUGCCUACUUUCCCCAUCUAAUCCCCAUCUAUUCUCACCGCUGACCUUGAGUUGAAUGCUAAUCUGAACAGUGAGGAGCGGCAGACUGUCGAGAGCGUCUGGAGGCAAAACACUCAGCAGGCUGCAGACUAGGCUUCCUCCCCCGUCUAACUCGGGCGGCUUGUUUUCAUUUGGUGCCUGGGACAUGAACCGCGUCGCUGCCUCGGUGGUGAGAUUUGACUGAAAGGAAUUAAUGGCCCUCAUGGGCAGCAGCCAUGGCCUCUGAGGAACCUGUGGACCCGGCAGUGGCCGGUACUGUGGUGAAAGCUCCUCCAGACGCCUCGCAAGAGGAGCAUUCGGCCCCCCCUGUGCAGGAAGUGAUUGACUGCAGCAGCCAUGUCCCAUAUGCAGUGUCCAGUCCCAGCACCAGCAGCCUUUGCAGUGAGGACUCCUUCUGUCGGAUCUGUCACGAGGGCGACGGCGUGGAGGACCUUCUGUCCCCCUGCGAAUGCGCCGGCACUCUGGCCAUGGUCCACUGCAGCUGUCUGGAGCGUUGGCUGACGGCCUCAAACACCAGUCGCUGCGAGCUCUGCCACUUUGAAUUUGCCUUGGAACGCUUGCCAAAGCCACUCACCGAGUGGCUGGACACCCCGUCCAUGCAGCACCAGAGGCGAACACUGUGUGGUGACAUCAUCUGUUUUAUGUUCAUCACUCCGCUGGCCUGUCUGUCCGGCUGGCUCUGUGUCCAGGGGGCCAUGGACCUCUAUUACAGCAACAGCAUGGAGGCUAUUGGCCUCAUAGUCCUCACUCUUGCACUGUUCUCCAUCUACCUGUUCUGGACCUUUGUGUCUUUGCGCUACCACAUUCAUCUCUUUGAGGUGUGGAAAAGGACCAAUCAGAGAGUCAGGCUCCAGAUCUCCAGGCCAGCACUGUUACCACCUCGCCAACAAGAAUUUCCCCAGCUCUUCAUAAACAAGGACACCAGCAAGGAGACAGUGGUGUAGCUCUGCUCACCAUCACCAUCUCAGGUGGACAACCACUCCCACGGAUUAAACCCUUAUUUCCUUGGGCUGAACAGACUUCAUGAUGAAUACACCGCCAUUUUCCUUUUGUUUGAGAAAGAAAAUUGACCGUUUUAGACUUAAAGAUUUAGUUUUGUCAGAAUUUUUUAUUUUUAUUUUUUUUUUUUAAGUAAAUGAAAUGGAAUUCCCUGGGAAUGUGUUGAAUUUUGGGAGAUUUGGGACAAUUUCUUCUUAAAUGUCAUUUCAAGACAGCCAGUAUCUCCAGCACUACAAACUUCCAUUGUACGUCGCUUUGGAUAAAAGCUUCUGCCAAAUAGGCCUAAAUGUAAGGUAAACUUCUAUACAGCUUUGAAAUUCCCAAUGACACCAAGCUUUCUGUGCUGCUAUGAUGUGGUAUUUAUACAAUUAUGAACAAUCAAGUCUUUCAGGUUUAUACUUCAGAGCCAAAUGGUCAACCUGUACAAAAAAUGAAGACCUGUGGCAUCAGUUCAGUAAAAAUCUUUAUUGAAGUUUUACAAAAUACUGUAGAAUACAUUCUGUUGCAAUACACAUUCAAUAAAUAACUGAAGACAUCUGUGAUUUCUACAGCAAGGUUAUAUCCUUGUCCUUUUUCAAGACAACAGACUAUA